AUGGAAGGGUUCCUGUAUUACGUAAAGUUAACAAAAGACAUUUUUGUUCCUUCCGGGUGCCCGCUCGAUUGUAUAGAUAGGCUAGUGCUCACCUUGGCCGAAAAAAUAAUUAACGAGAAUAAUAGAGUUAACUCUAUUUUGCAAGUAAAAGACAUUCCUGCGAAAUUAGUUACACUAAAAAACAACGAUGAUUUUGUGUUUGUGUUUGAGCAAGUUUCUAUUACAGAGACAGUGGGUUCGUAUCUCUACGAAAUAGUAAUACCGAAGGAAGAAGCGAGCAUCCGACGAAGAACAUUUAGCGGAAAUAGCUUUAUUAACGAAUCCUGGCCAGAUUACGCUAUCAGUGUCUUUACAAAGGCUAAAAGGAUAUCAUAUUACUUGAUGCCGCUGCGUCUAAAGGAAGUUACUUUGUCAUAA